UGUUACAUAUCGCCGCAGCUCCUAACCCACUCUUUAAAAUUCCCUCUCUGAAUCCCACGAUCUCCGCCAUCACCACCGCCAUAUCCAUUUCUCUAUCAACCCUAAAACCCUUUUUCUACUUUCUCCAUUUCUUCCCCUUUCCCUUUCCCCACCACCAUGGCUGACCAAGAACUUCUUCUCACCGAUGUCCCUCUUGCUGAGAAGGCUGACUGGAAGGACCUCCCACUGCUACCGGAACCGGCGGAAAAAGAGCCAUUCAAUGCUGCUACUCUGCCUCAAGGCGACGUUGCUACUGCCACGGAGGCUGAAGUUUUGAAGUCCGGCGAUGGUGUGAAACUCACAGCCGAUGUUGAUUUUUUUAAGGAAGAGAGCACUAAAGUUGCCGAUCUUUCGGAUUCCGAGAAGAAGGCUUUGGAGGAGUUUAAGCAGCUUAUUCAGGAAGCGCUUAACAAGUUCGAGUUCACUUCUCCUCCACCGUCAUUGCCGGCCAAAGUUGAAGAUACUGUAUCGGAGGCCGUGGUGGAGAAGACGGAGGAACCGAUUGAUGAUGCUCUGAAGCUCUCCAAUAAAGAAGAGCCACUGAAGUCCGAAGCUAAAGUUUCCGAAACGAAUGAAGAUAAGGGAGUAGAAAAUACCGAGAAAUCAAAUGAAACGACGCCUCCUGCGGCUGAGAAAGUGCUGGUCGCAGUGAAAACUGAAACCGCCGUGGACGACGACGGAGCAAAGACAGUCGAGGCAAUUGAAGAGACUGUCGUUGCCGUCGCCGUUUCCGCCACAGCACCAUCGGAGGAAGGCGUAGACAAAAACGCAGCCAACUCUGAGCCAACUUCGGCGGCGCCGGAGGAGGUUUCAAUUUGGGGGAUACCGCUACUGGCGGACGAAAGAAGCGACGUCGUAUUGCUGAAAUUCCUCAGAGCAAGGGAUUUCAAAGUGAGAGAAUCGUUCGCGAUGAUCAAGAACACAAUCCAAUGGAGAAAGGAUUUCAAAAUCGAUGAACUGUUAGAAGAAGAUUUAGGAACCGAUUUGGAGAAAGUAGCGUUUAUGCAUGGAUCAGACAAAGAAGGACAUCCAGUUUGUUACAAUGUGUACGGUGAGUUCCAGAACAGAGAGCUUUAUCAGAAGACAUUUUCCGAUGAGGAGAAACGGCAGAAAUUUCUCCGGUGGAGAAUUCAGUUUCUGGAAAAAAGCAUUCGGAAACUGGAUUUCACUCCUGGUGGAGUCUGCACGAUUGUUCAUGUUAACGAUCUCAAGAACUCACCAGGGCUGGGAAAAUGGGAGCUUAGACAAGCAACCAAAGACGCCGUUCAGAUCUUCCAAGAUAACUACCCAGAAUUCGUUGCCAGACAGGUGUUUAUCAAUGUUCCUUGGUGGUAUUUGGCUGUGAAUAGAAUGAUUAGUCCAUUUAUGACACAAAGAAGCAAGAGCAAGUUUGUGUUGGCUGGACCUUCUAAAUCUGCAGAGACCCUUCUCAGAUACGUAACAGCGCAAGAGCUGCCAGUGAAGUAUGGAGGAAUGAGCAAAGAUGGAGAGUUCGAGACAUGUGAUAGCGUGACUGAAAUUACGAUGAAACCCUCCGCCAAACACACUGUGGAAUACCCAGUCACUCAGGGAUGCGUGGUUACGUGGGAGGUUAGAGUGGUGGGAUGGGAAGUGAGGUACGGCACAGAGUUCGUGCCGAGCCAAGAGGGAGGAGGAGGCGGAGGGUACACAGUCAUAAUCGAGAAGCCUAGAAGAGUAGUAGCAGCGUCUGAUCCUGUUCUUUCAAAUACCUUUAAGACUUCUGAGGCUGGUAAGCUGGUCCUGUCCCUACACAAUCCCACCUCCAAGAAGAAGAAACUCCUGUACCGCUUCAAGACCAAAUCUCUUUGAUAAUCCUUUCCAUUCCUACAUUCUUCUUCUCCUUAUUAUUAUUAUUAUUACUAUCCUCCCUUUGUUAUAUACGGUUUUAAUUUAUAUGAACUCUUUAUGAGGUUUUGUCAAAUCACAA